AUGGGAGAAGUAUUCACCCCAACGAAAAGCUGGUGGAAACAUGCCGUCGUUUACCAGAUCUACCCCAUCUCGUUCUUGGACUCGAACGGAGAUGGCUUCGGGGACCUCAACGGGAUCCACGCGAAGCUCGACUACCUGAAAGACCUCGGCGUGGACGUGAUUUGGCUGUCUCCGAUAUAUCGAUCUCCGUUAGCUGAUAUGGGGUAUGAUAUUUCGGAUUAUCAGGAUAUCGACCCACGAUACGGAACCUUGGAUGAUUGGGAUAACUUUCUGAGAGGCGUGCAUGACCGAGGAAUGAAGCUGAUGAUGGACCUAGUGAUUAAUCACACCUCUGACGAGCACGAGUGGUUCCUUCAAUCGCGUUCUUCGAAGUCCAAUCCGAAACGAGACUGGUACAUCUGGCGUCCUCCGCGGUACGACGAAACUGGGUACCGACAACCGCCGAACAACUGGCGGUCGGUAUUCCAAGGCUCGGCCUGGGAAUGGGACGAAAAUACCCAAGAAUAUUACCUCCAUUUGUACGUCGCGAAACAGCCCGACCUCAAUUGGGAGAACCCGGAGGUGCGCGAGGCAGCCUGGGAGGUGAUGCGCUUUUGGAUCGGGAGAGGGUGUGAUGGGUUUCGGAUGGACGUGAUAAACCUACUAUCCAAAGUCGAUGGACUGCCUGACGCACCUAUCACGGUUCCGGGGGAGAAUCUGCAGCCUGCAAGCAUGUGCUUCGCGAAUGGGCCUAGAAUCCACGAGUUUGUCCAGGAGAUGCACACGGAAAUUCUCUCCAAACAUGACCUCAUAACGGUCGGCGAAACCCCCUUUACCCAUUCCGCCUCCGAGCUUGCAGCAUAUGUCCUACCAGCGAACAACGAGCUCAACAUGGUCUUCCACUUCGAGAUCAUGGAUCUCGACUCGCCGAAAGAAGGACAGGACUUUUCACCUUUGGUACUCAGGGAGUGGUCGCUGCAGGAGUUGAAGGACAUUGUCGGAAGAUGGCAGAAGUAUAAGAGGGAUGAAGGGUUUUGGAAUGCGAUAUUUAUUGAGAACCACGACCAUUCCCGCGCCGUCUCACGCUUCGGGAACGACUCGGACAAGUGGCGGGCCCUCUCUGCCAAGACGAUCGCCAUCCUGCAGGUAACGCAGAGUGGGACCCAGUUCGUGUACCAGGGACAGGAGCUCGGCCUCAAGAACUUCCCAAGGAGCUGGGGUAUCGAGGAGUACAAGGACAUUGCAUCGUUGAAUUAUUGGAAUCGAAUUUUAGAUGGGAGGAAAAAGGAGAGUGGGAGUGAGGAGAUUGAUAUGAGCGAUGUGCUCGAUGGGUUUCAGAAGAAGGCUCGGGACCAUGCGAGGGUGCCAAUGCAGUGGGAUAAGACAAAAAACGCAGGAUUCUCAACUGGCGAUCCAUGGAUGAGGGUCAACGAGGAUUAUGGACAGUGGAAUGCUGAAGCCCAAAUCGUAGAUCCAAAUAGCGUUCACGCAUUUUAUAAGAAGGCGAUACGCGUCAGGAAGGAAUAUGACGUUCUGAUCUAUGGAGAUUUCGAAGACAUUUCUGGGGCUCACCCAACGGUUCUCGCCUAUAUUCGUCGACUUGCCGGCUCUCUCGCCCUCGUUAUUCUCAACUUCAAGGAGAACGAGGUCGACUUCGAACUUAAAACGCCGCUCAGCAGCGAAUUGACGCCCGUGCUGUCCAAUUACGACUCUGACCUGUUGAUUGCGUCUGAAACUCAGGACGUGCAUCUUCGCGGCUUCGAAGGACGUCUGUACAUUGGCCUGGAGCGGAUUUAG